CUCCUGGAGGAGUAUCGUUAGUUGUCCCACAACCCAACAUCAACGCAACGGUGGCACAAAACAUCCUCCUCUCAGUUGAAUACUCUUGCAGAGGCAUCGCCACCGUCGAGUGGAAGCAUGUGUCGAGCUGGGGCACCACCAAAAUUGUUGAGUGGAAAAGUGGAAAUUAUGUCAACAUAUCCACGAUCUACAAGGACAGGGUGACUACUUUUGAGAAUGGCUCUAUACAGCUUCUGAACGUGGGCAUGAGAGACGCCGGCUACUAUUUUGUCACUGUAACGGAGGAGUAUGGAACCAACACCUACGGCACCAUCAUAGUCAACGUUUACGAGGUUAUCUACGAAGACUUACAUUUUGUAGCAGUUCUCUUUGCCUUUCUUGCUGCAGUAUCUGCCAUUUUGGUCUGCUUCAUGUGGCUGUGUAAUAAAUCUCUGCAUCUAUUUCAGAAGAAGACGACACACAAACUAACAGCAAGUACAACUGAAGAGAUUGAAUUGGAAACCAUUGAGUGCUAG